AUGGCCUCUGAUCCGAAUCAAGCUGAUCAAGACACCUUGCGAUUUCGUUGUCUAGCUCCUGAUUUCGAGCAGUUUAAAUUUAAUGAUGAAGUUGAAGAAAGCAUUUUGAAAUGUUACAGAAUUUCCUUCCUUGAGAGAGAGAGCCAUGUUGAAUUCUUACUCAAGGGACUAAAACAGCUGUCAUCAUCUUAUGAGUGCUUGGACUCAAGUCUCCCCUGGCUGUACUACUGGAUCCUGCAUAGUCUGGAGCUGUUGGAAGCACCCAUUACUGAAGAUAAGGCUCUACAGAUUGCAGAUUUCCUAGGUCAUUGUCAACACCGCGAAGGAGGUUUUGGAGCCGUCAACUCCUUGUGUAUUCUCUCCAACAUUACAGACAGGGUCUUCAAUGUGCUAAACAGAGAAAAGCUGUACAAUUUUCUGAUGAGGAUGAAGACAAGAGACGGAGCUUUUCAGAUGCACGAUGGAGGGGAAGUAGAUAUCAGGGGAGUUUAUUGUGCCCUCAGCGUUGCCCGUCUGACCAAAAUUCUUACAAAAGAGCUCUUAGAAGGUGUUGCUGAUUUUAUAAUCAGGUGCCAGACUUACGAAGGAGCAUUUGCCAGAGACCCUGGACUGGAAGCCCACGGAGGUUACACUUUCUGUGGAAUCACAGCACUGGUUCUUCUGGGUCAUACUGAACGUUGUGAUCUCCAAACCCUACAGCGUUGGACCGCAAAUAGGCAAACACAACUUGAAGGUGGCUUUCAAGGUCGUACAAACAUACUUGUUGAUGGCUGCUACUCAUUUUGGCAGGGAGCUAUGUUUCCUAUCAUCCACAUGAUCAGUUGUACAGAUGAUGAUGACCAGAAUUUGAGUGCCACUCGCUGGAUGUUUCAUCAGGAAGCUCUGCAAGAAUAUAUUCUCAUCUGUUGCCAUGGCUUAUCUGUGGCUCAGCACUUCUUGGGUGGACUUCUCAGCAAUGACAUUCCGGUGUACAACCUGAGCAUUGAUUCUGUCAUUAUGGCACAGCAGCACUUCAGUGCAAUGAUGCUGCCUGCUGGGAGAACACAGGAAGAGUCCUCAGCUCCUGGGGGAUCAUAG